CUUGCAUUGAACGGUUGCUGUUACGUUUACGCUCUCAAAACAAAAGCUUCACAUCGAUUUACGUAAACCUCAAACGAUAUAAAUUCAUUGAGUUAUCGAUCUCAACCAAAUUUCAAAGUGCUCAUCAGUGAUUUACUUUACUGGUUUUUUCUCUCUGCUGACCGGAGGUGACAAUAUAGUUGCUUUCCACCUUCAAUUGAAUAAAAAAAAAUCGUGAUCAUAUUAUUUCUUUGGAAGCAAAAUCCUAGAACAUAAUUAUAGAAACGAUAAAAAAGGAUCAAACAGAAUAUAUUGAGUUAAACUGUUGCGAAGAAGAAAAAACAAAUAUAAAAAAUUAAAGUGUGCUAUCCGCUUUCGGGUUACAUAAAUGGUGUUUUUAACGAAAGUGAAAAACGAGCAAAAAGGUGGUGCGGAUCUCAUAAUGCCAUCCGAAAUGAAUGAAAGCUACAAUCAAAUACGGGCAACGGAUUUAUCCGCACUUUUAUUCAAAGAUUCAUCGAAAACGCCAUCACAGUUGGAACGUGAUGCUGGAUUUUGUUCUGGCGGUUCUGAAAUUGGCGACGACUAUCAAUCGGAUCGUAUCCAAAGUAGUCCAAGUUCAGCGGACGCAUCCGAUGACUCCAUUGACAUAAAAUUGGGUAGCAUUGUGUUGCCACCAAAACGAAAAGCAUUCGAUGCCAUUAAAUGUGAAAAUGAUAUCCCGCUUAAGAAACGUUUUAAGUACGAAUCAGUGUAUGGUGGUGCCAAUAAGAUUGAAUCAUUGAACUCAUCGGAAAAGUUGAAUCAAUCAGAUGCAUCGUUUCGGCCUUGGAUUCCAGAACCGAAUAAACAACAUUUGCCAAAUGAGGCUGAAGUUUUGGCACGACAUCCGGGCGUAACCACAUUACAUCGUAUGCCAGCCGAUGUCACUGUUGCCGCUGACAUCGCCAACUCUAAAGUGUGUCAAGAUGAACAACCAUUAGCAUUAGUAACGAAAAAAUCCAACAAUGAAAACAACAAUAUAUCGAAUAACGUUGAAAUUUGCAAAAAGAAAACGCCAAUCAAAGCUGACGCAGUAAAAGCGAAAACAGUGAUCGAUGAACCCAAACCGAAUGCCAUACGCCUGACACCGCAACGAAAUUAUAAAAAUAUGACACGUGAAAGGCGCAUCGAAGCAAAUGCCAGGGAACGAACACGAGUUCAUACCAUUUCUGCUGCUUUUGAUACGCUUCGCCAGUCUAUUCCAUCCUAUUCAAAUACACAAAAACUAUCAAAAUUAUCCAUUUUGCGGGUGGCAUGCGCUUAUAUUUUAACACUAAGUCGUAUGACUGGAUUGGAUUAUAGUGCUGAUCAAAGCGAACCCUCAGUACAAAGUUGCCUAGAAGAAAUCACAAAAUGCAUUCAAACCGAAGGCAAAGCACGCAAACGAAAAGAUGAAUAGAAAGCGAGUGACAAAGGGAACGACAAGAGUGGUUGAACUGAAAACCGCACAUCGACUGAAUUUGAAAUCGUUGUUUACUUAUUAUCGGGCAUGAUAGAUUGUAAGCUUAUAAGUCAUUGGAAUUUAAGCAAAAAAUACAUAUAAUGAUUGAUUUAGAAUCGAUCAACACGAGCUGAUUUAAGUUAGGCCAUUUUUUUUUAUUUGAUGUUGAAUUUGAUUUGUCAUAAUUCAUAAGCUCAGUCUUUUUUUUAAGUCAAAAUCAUUAUAGAACUGUUAAGUAAUGUUUAGAAAGUACAAAGUAUCAAUUGGUCUUGUAGACUCGUACAAAACGAAAUAAAACAAAAAUGAAAAUAUGUCAAGUGAAUUGAUUUCAAGCUAUGACGCAAGGUUGCAACAAAAUGCGCUUCAAAUUGUAUGAAUAUAGGAAAUUGGCAAUUUUGAUUGAAUGAAAGAUGCCAACACACCUGAGACAAGACUUUGAACCUUUAUAAUGAAAACAACACUUUGCAUUAGAAUAAAACAUACAAAAAAUAUGUUGAAUUAGCUGAUUAUAUAUUUGUGAUAUUCUUUGCCUAUGUUUAAAAUAAUAACAAACAAACACAUACACAUACAAAAUACGUAAAAUAAAUUGAACAAGUGCUCGCUGGAUGGCCGAGACACGUGCUUAGUAAGAAUAA